UGAGUGUCAGACAGGAGGCUGGGUCUGUUAGCAAAAAAAAAGUCACCCACUUUGGUUCCCUCAGCUCUUUAGGAGACUGGGUUUGACUGUAAAUAUAAUAUAUUUGAAUAACUUCUAAAUUUAUACUUACAGUAAAUGUAAUUACCUUAAAUAAAAAUGGCAUCACCGGAUCAGUGCGGCCGUGGAAGAGGAUUCAAUACAACUGGAUCAGCAGAAGAAGCCAACAUCCAGCCCCCAGAUUUAAAAAAAGUCCUGGUCUUAAAGAAGGCCGACUGGCUCAGAAUUGCAGAUGAAACAAAUGAGGUCAAUAAAGAAAGGGAGCGUCUGAGAGAGGCAGCUAAACAAAGAGAAGAACUGCACCUCCACUCUAAAGAGAUGGUGAAAAAGUGGUCCCAUACUGUUCUUGGUCAACGAAAAAAGAAGCUGGAGGCGAAAAAGGUUCGAGAGCAGAUGGAGGAGGAAAAACGAAAACAGAUGGAUUUAGAGGAGGCCAACUAUAGGGAACAAAAGAGGAAAGAGGCUGUUAAAAAGGCAGAGAUGCAACUUUAUUAUCAAACCGACAGGGUCAAAGGAUUACACAGUGCCCUGCUGCUUACCGAGGUGCUAAAGGAGCGAGAGGCUCAAAUCGAACUAAAACAACAAACAAAAAGUGCCACUAAGAAAGUAGAGAAAGAGAUCCUGGAGAAGAUCAAGACCAGAGAGGAUGAGGCCAUGAAGCAGCAGGAGGAGAAGACACUGCAGAAGAGGCGUGAGAGGCGGGUUUUUGUUGAAGACCUGAAAAACCAAAUAAAGGAAAAUGAGUUGACUCGAGAGCAACAAGAGCUGAAGGAAAAGCAGAAGGACCAAGAGGAAAUCCAGCGUCUCUAUGAACUCCAUCAGAGCCAGCAAAGAACUGCUGCAGAACGACAAGUCAUGCACAAAAGAAACAUCAAGAAAGCUUGCAUGGAGCACCUCGAACAAAGAGACCAUCUGAGGAAAAUGGAAGCGCAAAAGCAGAAGACUGAGGAGGAGCAACGGAAACUUUUUCUCACCGCCAAACAAAAAAUGACAAAGUUACGGAAAGAGAAGGAUAAAGAAAUAAUACGUGAGGCUCAGGAGCGCAGAGAGAUGAUUCUGAACAAACUGGUGGUCACUCAGCAGCAGCAAACGCUCCACGAGGAACAGAGGACGGCUAAAGCUGCAGAAGAAUUGGAUGCAAGACAAGCUCUACUUCAUCAAGAGCAGCAGCAGAAGAAAGCUGCGAUGCUGAAGUCGAUCACUGACCACAGAGAAAUCAUAAGAAAAGAAAAGGAGAUGAGAAGCAAAAUUUCUGAGCAGAAAACUCUGGAGGAAACGAUGUCAAAGAUGGAGGCUGAUAGAAUAUUUGCCGAAAUGAAGCAACAGGAGGUCAAGAAAAAAGGAGAAGAGAACGAGAAAUUGAAGCAAUUUAUCAUUGCACAAAUGGCUGAAAAGCAAGCCAGAGAUCAGCAUGAGAUGACAGAAGACCGCAAGUAUGGCGAGAUGAAUGCCCAACUUAUUGCAGAGGAGGAAAAGAACUUUCAGGAGUAUUCACAGCAGGUUAUCGACUCAGCAGCAGAGAAAAAGAAAAACGUUUUUCCACUUUACAGAGCUGCAAGACGAGGAAUAAAAGCUGGGGACAUUUCCACUUUCAAAGGAGUCCAACCCACCUACCUGGUCCAGGAUGAAACUGGGACUCCGAUGCCCAGAUACGUCACUUGUACCACAGAAAAUAUCAAGAAGCUGCACGAGGCUGCAGACAUCCAUGAAGCAAAGAGGAGACUUGGAUUCACAUGGUCUUAGAUGACACAUUUUUGACUAAGUAGUGUGGUUAUUUGUUCCUUUUGAUUGGGAUGUGUGAAAUUGUCGCACUCUGAAAUGUGUUGCAGAUUUCCAUGCUGGUUUGUUUGUUGGCAUUUUGUCAAUAAAUCCUUAUACUUAA